AUGGACAAAAUCGUCUGCUCGGAGGCGCAUCUGUGCGAAUAUUGCCUUGCAUUUGCCAAGGCUAUAUCCUCACGUUCUAGCACUUUCACAGCCACUUCCUUGUCUGGAUAUCAAGGUCCAGGACUGUGGCCGUCCUCAAUUACUUGUCACCUCUGCAAGAUGCUUAACAGCGCCAACGCGACAAGAGGUGCACUAUCAUCAGGGUACCUCAAGAUGUUUAAGAACGGCCCAACUUUAAUCAGAUAUUUUCACAGAAAUGACAUGGUCGCUUCCAGUGGUCGAGGGCCUUUAUCGGAGGUCAAUAUCUAUACUAAUCGCGGAACCCAUAUGCUCAGCAUCCCUUUUGCUAUUUGGUGCGACGAUGAUAUCUUGGAUAUCGUACAGGAUCCACCACUACCUUCGGAUAAUUGCCCAGAGGCCUUUGCUCUUGUCAAGAAAUGGCUUCGGAAGUGUCGUUACCACCAUCAGCAAUGCUUACAGACCAGAUCAGGCCUUCUUGUCAACGAAAUCCAUGGUCCAAAACUUCCUACGAGAGUGCUAGAUGUUCGUAAACGAGACGAAGGGGUUGUAUCUCUCAUUGAGAGUAACGGUCUGAAAGAAAACUUCUGCGCCCUGAGUUACUGUUGGGGCAAUCGACCCCAAAGCGUGGUCACAACCCGAGAGUCGAUCGCGGACCACUGUGCUGGGAUAGAAAUCGACCGUCUCCCGCAGACUUUCAAGGAUGCGAUUCAGCUAACGUACGAAAUUGGUAUCAAUUAUCUUUGGAUCGAUAGCCUCUGUAUUGUCCAGGAUGACGACGACGACUGGGAAAAGGAAGCAGGUAACAUGGCAAAUGUUUACCAACAUGCAUUCUUGGUUAUUUCAGCAGACGGGGCCUCUCACUCGGAUGGGGGCUGUUUUGUGCGACAAGAUAUUUAUCCCAGCGUUGUUAAAAUACCGUUUUAUGAUGCCUCGGGCCAGAUAUGCAGUUCCUUCUGGCUUUCAAGGGAAAUGGUGGGAUAUAUCGACAAGUACCCCGAAGAUAGCCCUUUACAAGAGCGAGCCUGGGCUUUCCAGGAAGCAUUCCUUGCUCGUAGAUCAAUUCAUUUUAUGCCUGGAGGAAUGAGUUGGAGAUGCCAAUGUAUGAGUCUGGGUGAGAGAACUCGGAUAACCAACGAUAUAUAUACCGAAAAUUGGUACUUCGUUCUGAGAGACUACUCGCGCCGCAAGCUUACUUACAAAAAGGACCGCCUUCCUGCCAUCGAAGGGCUGGCGAGCGUUUUAGGGAAAAUAAAAGGGGUUGGAUACCACUUGGGGAUUCUUGAUGUCGAUAUCGAAAAACAGCUUCUAUGGAUACUUAGAGAGUUUGCAUCGCCAUCAGACGCCUUGGAUGACGUUCCUUCCUGGUGCUGGGCAUCUCAAGGAGGACGGAAGGAAUUACCCCCCACAACUUCAGGCAUCCAGGGCCAACGCGCAAGCGAAGCCACAAUGGAUUUAGUGAAGGGGCUAAAUGGGGUUGUUCGAUUUACUGGCAAUUUGGGUAAGUGUGAUAUUCAGGAACUUUCCCUCACGUUCGACUCGGAUGAAGAAACAGUGGAUGAUGAAGACGGAGAAACAUCUGAGGAAGAGGACGGAGAAGCAUCCGAGGAAGAGGAUAGAGAAGCAUAUGAGGAAGAGGACGGAGAAACAUCUGAGGAAGAGGACAGAGAAGCAUAUGAGGAAGAGGAUGGGGAGGCAUCUGACGAAGAGGAUGGGGAGGCAUCCGAGGAAGAGGAUGGAGAAGCAUAUGAGGAAGAGGAUGGGGAGGCAUCUGACGAAGAGGAUGGGGAGGCAUCUGACGAAGAGGAUGGGGAGGCAUCUGAGGAAGAUGUUGGAGAAGAAUUUGAGGAUCCCCAUAAGCGAUACACUUCUCUGCUCGCUUGGCUCCUCGUCUCCUUUUUCAAAAGACGCGAAUAUCAAAUCAUGAAUGGCAAAGAUCCAACCCCGCAACCCAUUGGCUUUGCCGCUCCUGAUCAGCCUUACGUUGGGAAUUGUUACACUGCCUUUCUUUGCGAAACAGAGUGGGAUAGCAUCAGUGACCUGUCCAAUGAAUUUGGAAGGCUUCAUAAGUUCCCAUCUCCCUCAAACCAUCCAAGUCGCCGGCUGCAUUGGGUACUGCUUUUGGCUCCUGCUUCCGAGCAUGAGAAUACGUUCCGGCGAGUCGGUGUCGGAGCUGUUUGGCGUGAUCCUGAGGAUGAUGCCACGGCAGUACAGAAGGUUACGAUUGACCUAGUGUAG